AUGAGUGACGUACGCCUUCAACUAGAAUCCAUCAAGGGCAAGCGCCCCAACCCCGACUCAAAUCUCAAAGAGAAGCUCAUCGCCAUCUUAAAAGAAGUGCUACAGCCAAAUGCAUCCCUCAACCCGACAGAAGCAGCGGCGGUAAUCGACGACCUAGCACCAAAAUUCCGGGAAGCUGGCAGAUACGGGAGCCGGAGGAAACUGCGUAUGGAACCGGCUAUUGAGAACUUCAUGACGCAGCUCUGGGAAUUGCUCUUUGAGGCCAUGCAGUUGGUGCCUCCCGAGCAUUUAGGCCACACGCGAGCGAUUUCCAUGCUGGAUGCGCUGUGCCAGAUCAGCGGGGAUUUGGAUGUGAACACAAAGCAUGGGCCUUUGAGAUGGAGACAUCUUCCUUGUCUUACGCGGUAUCUGUUAGAAGGGACCUGGCAUUGGACCGAGCCUUUCGAUGAGAGGGAGUGGCUUAACUUGAUGUCCUUCGCAGCAAGACUCCUAGGAAGCGGCCUCGUCGAUGCAGAAAACGGUGUCUGGGAUUUGGAAUAUAUAGCCUCUCACCAGCUAUGGCAUAUAGGGGGGGAGUACGGCCAACAAUAUCUCAAGGGUGAUCUCAAGCGCGAUCUGGCCCUGGGAGAAGAAUGGAUUACCCAUGCCGGUGCGACGAUACUGCAAAUAGCGCGCAGGAACUUCUACAAACCCAAUGUUGCUCACCCUAGGUUUUUUACUCGGUGUAGGAACAUGUUCAACAUUAGGAACUGGGAGCGCUGGCAGCGACGCCUUCUUGAGGUUGGGGCCGAAGUGGACGGCGAUCUCUCAUCGCGCUGUCUGAUGUUGGCGCACAAGAUGAAGCUGCUUGAGAGAGAUUGA